AUGAGCGGUACCUCUCAGCCGCUUCCGUCACCGACGGGAGCGGAGUGCUGCACUCCGUCGGGCCACCCGCCAUCCUGCGGCUCAACACUGCGGCCGGAGCGGUUCGUCACGGUGCCACACUCGCCGCCGUUCACCUGCUACGUGGCGCAGCCUCCGGGAGGAGCGCCGGCGCGAGGUGUCAUCCUAGUGGUGCACGACAUUUUCGGGCCGAGGUCGGGCCGGCACGCUCGCAUCUGCGACGAGCUCGCGGCCGCCGGCUUUGUCGCCGCUUGCCCCGACCUGAUCGGCGACGCCGACGAGCGCGCGAGUGCCCUCAACCCCGGCUGGCCGUCGUCAAAGGCGCACGAGGUCGGGAUCGUCUGUCACCUCGUGUACCGGAUCCGGUGGAUGCUCAAGGCGGCCGCCGCAGGCAAGCGCAUGGACGAGAUCGGGCGCAAGCUUGCCGCCACUCUCCACUACUGCAGAGGCGCGCACCCGCACGCCAUCGCGGCCUGCGGCGCCGUCGGCUUUUGCUGGGGCGGCGGCGUCGUCGCCCGCUUGCUCUCAGAGGCGGGGGCGGAGAGGCUGCCCGUGCCCCUCGUCGGGGGCGUCGGCUUCCACCCAUCGCACCGCGGGUGGGAGGCGGCCGAUGUGGCGCGGCCACUGCUGCUCGCGCCCGCAGGCGACCCCCACCCGAUCCCGAGGCGCAGCGCAACCUUCUGUGACCCGUCUCACCUGGCGCGAGCAGGCGACGACCCCGCCGCGGUGCAGCCCGGCGGCGCCCUCGCGCAGCCGCUCGCCGACCGCUUUGGCGGCGCGUGCGCGGCGGUGCCCUUCCCUGAGAUGCUGCACGGGUGGAUGACGCGGGGGCCGUUGGCCGACGCCGCCAUCGAGAGGGACUACCAGCGAGGCAUGCGGCUGGCGGUCGAGUGGCUGGGGGAGAGGAUGAAGGCUUGA